AUGAAGUGUUGUUUGGCAAAAUGUGUUUCUGAGAAACAAUUUGUAUUUGUAGAAAACCGCUCCAUCUUAGAUAAUGCAAUAAUGGCUAUUGAAAUUAUUCACUCUCUCAAACGUAGGACAAGUGGUAAUAAAGCUCAUAUGGCAUUAACGAUUGACAUUAGUAAGACAUAUGUCAAUUCAUAUAGAGUUGAACCAAUUCAACCAGGAAGAGGUCUGAGACAAGGGGAUCCAUUGGCUACUAUUGCGAAAGUGUCUCACCUUAUGGAGUUACUUCAUAUAUAUGCCACUACCUCAGAUCAAGAGAUCAAUAUGACUAAGACGGGUUCGUAUUUGGGUUUGCCCUCAAUGAUUGGUCGCACUAAACAAGGAUGGAAUUUGUUGACAAAACUCAUUUCCUUGGUUUCCAUAUUCUUCAAGGAAAUGUGGAGUAUUGGUGAUGGAAGUAAUAUUAAGGUUUUACAUGAGGCUUGGCUUCGUGGGAACAAAGAAUUUUGGUUAGGAGGCCCUUUCUCCCAAGUUGUGAAUGAGAUCCUGGAUGUUCCUUUGGUAUAG